GCCACUCGCUCGCAUCUCCCUCUCUCACACUCUCUCUCUCUGCGUCGUCGUGGUCUUCGCAAACAAUCAGUAAUGUGGAGGCGCGGUGUUUCUCUGUCGUCGAUGCUUUCUUCGUCUAAAUCGCGCCUCCUAAAUCAGAUGCAGGUGGCCUGUGGAUUCAAUGCUUGCCAAGUUUUCUCUACUCACGUUCUGAAUCCGGCAGAAGAUGGAGUCUCUGGUGCAAGAAGGAAACCAUUUGUGACUUUCGUCUUGGGUGGUCCAGGGAGUGGAAAAGGUACUCAGUGUACAAGGAUUGUUAAUACCUUUGGGUUUACCCACUUGAGUGUUGGGGAUCUGUUGAGGAAAGAAAUCUAUUCUGAUAGUGAAAAUGGUUCCAUGAUUCUUGAUACAAUCAAGGAAGGGAAAAUUGUUCCCUCAGAAGUUACUGUUAAACUGAUAAAAAAAGCCAUUGAAGCCAGUGAAAACAAUAGAAUUCUUGUUGAUGGCUUUCCAAGAAGUGAAGAGAACCGUAUAGCAUAUGAGCGAGUUGGUGGGGUUGAACCAGACAUUGUGCUAUUCUUUGAUUGUCCUAAAGAAGAAAUGGUGAAACGAGUGCUAAACCGUAAUCAGGGGCGAAUUGACGAUAAUAUAGAUACAGUCAAGGAAAGGUUGAGCGUAUUUGAAGAACUCAACCUUCCUGUGAUCAAGUAUUACUCCGAGAAAGGAAUACUUCACAAGAUCGAUGGUACUGGAACAGAAGAUGAAAUAUAUGAAAGGGUUCUCCCAAUAUUUGCUGCAUUGAGGUGAUCCCAUGAUUUCUGAAACCACAAAAACACAGAGAAGAUGACAACUCUUAUUGAUCUAUUAAACACAAUAAUUUGUUUUACCAGAAAUCUGGUGGCAGAGUAAACUUUACAAGUCUAGAGGGAUGCUUCAGCUUUGUUUUUCCUGUUUACUAGAUAUACUACAUGUAAUAUACUACUUGUACAUAUAAUAAUAGUAUGAUGUUUGAUCA